AUGACAGGAAAAUUGCCAGAAGAUGAAAUACAAAUUAAAGCGUUGGCUAUGGUAUGUCAAUUCUUAAUUCAUGUUAUUUCAAUGAAAAACAAUUUAUUCGGAGAAGAUGAUAUACAUGUUUCGCUUUAUGAUGCACCUGUAGUACCCUUCAAAGAAUGUAUUUAUCUUUAUUAUGAUGAAGAUGAUGAACGUUAUGAUUCCCUAUAUGCAAUUAAUAAAGAAAACCCAAUGGAAAAGAUGACAAUUUUUAAACCUGAUGAUCAACACAUUUAUCAACUAGCUACUAAAUUUGUUCAAGAAACGCUUGCUUGCGAUGUUGAUCAUCAACCUGACGAUGAGUCACUGGUUUCAUCUGAAAGUAAAAUAGAACAUUUGGCUACUUUUGCUGCCAGUACAACUUCAUACGAUGAGCCAAAAAAAGGAUUUACUAUUAAACGCCCGUCAACAUUAGUGUCUAAUGAAGUUAAUAAUUCGAAUAAACGAAAAAAAAUUUCUACAUGCGAUACUUUUGAAAUGUCGACAUCGAAUGCACCGGAAUCUACUGAAGAAGUUUCACACGUCAAAAAUUCAUCUAAUGGUCGCCAAAAAUUAUCAAGUGUUGAAGUUGAACAGGAAAAUAUGCGAUUUGAGAUCGAACUUGCUUUAGAAUUUCGUGGUCGUACAUUGAGCGAAUUCGAACCAAAACGAACGGAGGACCGCAAUGGAGAACCAUUAAAACUUGGACCACCACGUUACUUUCCUGAUAGAAACAACAAUAAUUAUUUGAACUUAUUGUUGCCGAAUUCCCAUUUCUCAGGUGAUAUUCGUCGGCAUCGUCUUGAAAUUUGUAUAGUUACACCAGAAAUCAAUAACUAUACCUAUAUUAAUCCGUACUUCAACUUCCGAAUACAUCCAACAGAUCGCGCAAGCCUACUUGUCAAUCCGAUAUACAUCUAUCUUAAUAGUCAACUCAAAUUAGAACACUAUUCCGAACUAUUCCGACUAUUAAAACUUCAAUUUGUAGUCGUUAUGAAAAAGAAUAAUGAAUUAAUGAAAAGUGAACAACCCUUGCGAGUUUUUUCAUCACCACAAGAUAAUAAUCAUGCAACACAAAUAACAACAAUAUUCGCUAAGAAACAACAUGAAGAAUUUAAAGCAGUUUACCAUCUUCAUGAAAUUCGCUUUGCAGUAACACCAUGGAGCAGAACGGGUGAUGAUGACGAAUUUCGUCGGCAUAGUGAAAAGCAAUAUAUUAGUGAAAUUUCAAUCGAAGAUAAAAAUACUAAAGUUCCAAAGAAUACUUUGAACAAAAAAGUCAAAAUCUAUCAACAACUCUGUGAUUCUAUUUUCGAGAAUGUUAAUGAUGAAUAA